AUGUGAUAUGGAUGGACUACGUUCUAGCUAUUCAGGGCCUAGCUGUCGUAAUAAUGAUGGGUUUUGUCAGGGAGGAAUAUCGCCGUACCUCACUUGAUAAAGCUAAUGAGAACUCAGUCACCCAAAAUGAAGAGGAUGAAUAAAUGCAUUAUAUGUUCAUAUUUUAAACCAAAGAAAUGCUGUCAUAGUGAAGCAUUGUAAAUUAUUUCAGUGUGAAUAUUUAGACAAAUCUUUAAAGACUAAAAAUGACACAUACAAUCAAUGAGAAUAAUCCUGAUUGUAUUACUGUUUUAUAUUAUGUAUAACUUUUGUGGAAUACAUAGAGUGUAGAUUAUUGUAUUUAGAUGAUAUUAUUUUUUUAGAUGAUAUUAUUUGUAAAUACAUGAAUAUUUAUAGCAAAUAUUUUAAAUUUGGGGGUCAAACAACAACUUUUAAACUAAAUAUUAAUUAUUUUCCCUGUUGUUUAUACAUACAAGUAAAUGUAGUAAAUCAUGAGAGAGGUAAAUCAUCAGGGGUGUUGAUAUUGAUUUUAUUUUCAGCAUAUUUGAAAUUGAACAUGGAACUGCUAUAGAGGGUAUAUAAUUUCCUCUUAAAUUUCAUCAUUAUAUCCUUCUAUGUCAUACUUUAAAAAAUUACUUUUUGUUAUUUGGUUUAUAUUUUUUGUCACGUCCUGUUAUGAGAUUUUCUUUCUUUUCUGUUGUGAUUUGUACCUUCUAUUUUGAUUUGUACUCAGCUUCCAAAUAUAAGUCAGCUUUGAGAGCUGAAUACUUAGUGAUUCAUAAUCUCAAAACUACAGUAGUUUUUUAUCACCAAAUUUAUUCUAUGCUUGUAGAAUGCAAGUGUCUUGGCUCCGAAAGGAGAACUGUAAUCCUUUGUGACAUUUUGCUGCAUUUAUGCAGAUGGUUUGGAUAUUUAUUUUGAAUCUCUGUAGCAUUUCAUGUCAAAUUCAGACAUUCUGUAGUUUUAGGUAUACAGUACAUACUGAUCCAGACAGUUUCAGUGAGUAUUUAAUAUUUUUACUUAAAUAUUCUGAAUAAAUAUGAAUCUUUAUAUGAAUGACUUGCAUUUCAAGUAGUUUUGUGUAAUUACAAAAGUUAAAGUAAUCUUCAGAAUUUUUAUUUAUGUAACAACCAGAGAAUAUUCUAAUGUGAAUAAUAAUAUAUUUUCAGUUUAAGUCAGUUAUGAGUAUGAGUAGAUUUCUUCAUCAAAACUUUUAUGAUAGGGAAUAAAUACCCUUAGUGAGUGCCUUUAAAAGUAAUGGUAUUGAGCAUAAACAAAGAAGAUUUGUAAUUGUUUUUGUGUAUCUUUUGCUGCUCUGAUAUUUUGUUUAACGAUCCAACAUCAUGGUAAAAAAGUGCCUGUCCUUGGAACCCAUGAAUCAUAUAUGUAGUGAAAAGAUCAAAUAUUUUCUCUAGUGUCUAGAUGAUUAUACCAAGUUCAUAAACUUGUGUUCACAGGAAAUAAGUUUGCGUUAUUAUCAGUUCAGGUAUAAAGAAAAUCUCACAUCCAUAACUGAGAUCAGUAACUUCAUUUGUUUAUAUUACAUACCGAUUUUUUUCUGAUGUAUAACCUUUUUCCCAUGUAUUCAGUAGCCUUUUAGAAUCCUGAAAGUCUACCCAGUUUUAUUAUGCAGACUUUAUUUUAUUAUUUUAUUAUGAAACACCUGUUUCAUCUUAUGAUUUAUGUUUUCCUGAGGUAAUUAGCCCUUGGAAGGUUUAGAGUUGAGAAGCUUUUACUUAGCUGAUAGCACCAGUACUUUUCAAUUUAAUUAAACAUAACAUACCUCAA